AGAACUUGAAGAGAAGACUUGAAGAAAAGAAAGAAUGUCUGCGACAGGUACGCCAGAGGGGGCAAGGGAGAGAGGAAGGAGGAAUGAUGUGUGGGUGGCUGCGUGGGGAGGGAUCAUGAGUGCCGGAUGGCCUCUUCUCACCUCUUUCCUGCCUGUCUGUGUGCGUGUGUGUUCUGUGUCAGGUGCGGUUGUCCCCGGGCCCCUCCCCGAGCCGCCCAGGUAUGCCCCCCCGGACGAGCAGCAGUGGGUGCCGGCGGCCCUCAGGACCAAGCUGCCCCCCAAGACCGUGCCGCGGGAGACAACCCGGGCGCGUUACCAACAGUUGCUGAAGGACAAGGAGGUCAAAAUGUACGAGGAUGCCCUCGCAGAGGCACUCCGGCGUGAGCGGCUGGCUGCCACCGGCGUCACGCCAGACGCCAUGAAUUUUCGCAUCAAAUGCGACACACGAGUGGGUGGCAGAGGGCGACUGGGGGGGAAGAGAGGCAGGCGGUCAUCCCAUCAUGGUUGGCAUGGUUGUGUCUGGCUGGCGUGUGUGCGGUGUGCAGUUUGGUCAGAACUUGUAUUUGGUCGGUUCGGUGGAGCCCCUGGGGCUAUGGGAUCCGAGCCGUGCGGUCAAGAUGACCUGGAAUGAGGGCAACAUGUGGACCUGCACCGUCAACCUGCCCGUCUGUAAGCACCAAGCACACCAGCACAGAGAGAGAGACAGACAAACCAACUCACGCACGACGCAACCUUUUUUUGCGAAUGUGUGUGUACGUUUCUCCCUCCCUCCCUCCCUCCCUCCGUCAAUCGAUCAAUCGAUCAGCGAUCGGCGAGGUGGAGUACAAGUACAUCGUGCGGCAGGACAACAUGGUGGACUGGGAACACGGCCACAACCACAAGGUGAGUCAGUGGGUGGACCCACACACAGCACAGCACAUUAGCCACUGACACGUCGUGUGUUGUUGGUGUCUGUGUAUGUGUAUGUGUGUAGCUCAACUCGGUGCAGGGCGGCGUGACGGUGGAGGACGCCUGGGGGCAGGGGCGGGGCUAGGGGGAUCAUCAGACAGACAGGAUUGGGGCGUCUAGUGCGGCUGGCUGUCUGUGCAGUGUGAGAGAGUGUGUGCGUUCCUACUUGCUCUCUGCUACCACCAGUGAUUUGUCUGCCUACGACUGGGAUGAUGGAUGGAUGGGGCGGUGGAUGCCUGGCUGUCUGGCUGCCUCAGGGUUGUGUUGUGUUGUGCCAUGUCGUGUCGUGUGCAGCUAUAUCUAUCGCCGUACAUGUGGCUGUAUCACUAGCUAAUCGAUCGAUAUCGAUUCCUGUGUACUGGCAUUUUUGUCGUCCGUCCCGUCCGCCAAUCCGUCUGCCCGUCUCCCUCCCUCCCUCAUAGAACGAACGACUCACUCACUCACUCACUGCCUGUCUGAUCGACUGACUGACUGCACAACACCUCUCUCUCUCUCUCUCUCUCUCUCGAUCGGGCAGGCAGGCAGGCAGUGUGUGCAUGCCAUGCUUCUUUGUCGGACUGCCCGCCUUCUCGUGACGACUGAGUGGACGACUGAAUGAAUCAACGAGCGGUGUUGCAUCCAUCCCAUCCAUCCAUCCCUCCCUCACUCCCUCACUCACUGACUCGACAGACAGGAGGUCAGGCAGAUACAUGGCAGCGGGUACCUACCUGAGUGGGUGCACGUGUUCUCAGCUUCUGGCGUGUGAUGCCAACAACAACUCACUCAGAUGAGAUGGUCCUUCCUCUAUGUUGUGUUGGCGUCACGUCACUCGCUGGGGAGGUCGAAGCACAUACCACUGACUGACACACAAACAACGCAGACAGACCAGACAGACAGACAGGAUCGAAGGAGGCGAAGCACACAUGCAUUGCAACACAACACAACCUGAUUGGUCGAAUUAUUGUGUUGGCUGGCUGUGUGGGUGAUGUACAGUCUCUCUGUGUGAAACCAGUGUGUCCCUCUGACGUGACGUCGGUUUUGGUUCGGUCUCUCGCCCUGUUGCCUGUUGCGACGCCAAUGGACGCCAGUGGGGUCCUCAGCCCGGGGAGAGCCGGGGAUCCGCACGGCGUUGCGAGUGACCUGCUUGCUGUUCAUGUUGUGCGAUGGUGUGAAUUCACUCACUCACUCCCCGCCACUCGUUCGUUGACGCACUUGAUGUAUAGUUGGUUACAUACCUGCCUCAUUGGUUGACGCAUGCCUCUUUCGUGAGAAGAGGCAGAUGGGUUUUCCUACUCGUCCGUCUGCCCUUCGUUUUGUGUGUCGAUAGAUAGCCUACCUGUUCUGUCUGUUCUGUUCUGUUUUAGCUGUUCGGUGCUGUGUGUGUGUAUGUCUGUAUAUGAGUAGACUAAGUCAGUUGGUUCGCCGGUGUGUCUUUUCCAAUCGUCCCUGUGUCUUUUCCAAUCGUCCCUGUGUGAGAGAGUGCCUGUGUAAAUUUCCGUGCCAUCCGAUCCGCGUGUGUGGUCCAUGCCAUGAGAGAUCAGAUCGUGUGUUGUGUGUGAUGGCUUUCGUUGUGUCCAUUCCAUGCAUGGCGAUGGGUGCGGAACUGCUGUAGUAGAUGCAUGAUCAAGUGCCGCUGACGCGUUGGUUGUGUCUGUCUGUGUGCGUGGCAUGCCGGCCAAUGACAUCCAUACAUCUCCUGACUCAUUGCCUGUCGUGUGCUGUGCGUGCACAUACACCCGAGCCUGGAGGCCGUGUGUGUUUGUGGUGGUGCGGUGGGGUGCUUUGCAUACACACGUGUGUUGGCUCGUGUGUGUCUCACUUCUGAACCCAUCGUGAUGUCUAGCGGUCUGUGUGAGACGGCAUGUGCCUCAGCGCACAUCACACAUCC